GUGACAAAGCAGCCGCGGCCUCCCCCAGCGAGGAGUGUGUUCUCUCCCACGGUCCGUGGAGGCAGCACAGCAGGGGCGUGCAGUAUGGCGGACGAUGGAGACACAGGGAGCGGACCCUCGGACUCCAGCGGCGGGCAGGAGGCGCCUGGGCUCGGGCUCGGGGGGCUGGUGCUGAACGCCGGGCUGGUGCUGGCCGUGGCCGCGCUGGUUCUGCUCGGGUACCGGCGCUGGGCCCGGAGGCUCGGCCCCGGCGCCGGGCCCCGGGCCGCGGCCUCGGCUCUGCCCAAGAUGCGGCGCCGGGACUUCGAGCUGCAGCAGCUGCGGGAGUUCGACGGGCUCGUCAACCCGAGGAUCCUCAUGGCCGUGCACAUGAAGGUGUUCGACGUGACCAGCGGGAGCAAGUUCUACGGGAAAGACGGUCCUUACGGCGUGUUUGCCGGCCGCGAUGCUUCCAGAGGCCUGGCCACCUUCUGCCUGGAGAAAGACGCCCUGAGGGACGAGUACGACGACCUGUCCGACCUCAACGCCGUGCAGAUGGAGAGCGUGAGGGAGUGGGAGAUGCAGUUCAUGGAAAAAUACGACUACGUGGGUCGGUUGCUGAAGCCGGGCGACGAGCCGUCGGAGUACACGGACGAGGAGGACGUCAAGGACCAUCUGAAGCACGACUGAGCGGAUCCACCACACCGACCAAAGCCAGGACCCCCCCAAACAGCUGCGACAGACCCCCCCCCCCCAGACCUCCUCCUCCUCUUCUCACUCCAUCCACCUACCUGCCGCUGUCUUGACCCGCCCUGCCCCCCCCCCGACCUCCUGCUGAAUCUGUCCGGUGCCGCGGAUGUUCUUCAAAGGACAGGACUCAAGUCUCACCGCCCAGGCCCCCCCCCCCCACCCCACCCCUCCCUCCCUCAUCGUCCACCAACAGAAAGCAAUCGGAAACCUUUUGAAGCGUGUGGGGGGGGGGCUUUUCUUACGACGGCAGAGAGGUUGUUCGAUUCGAUUUAUUGAAACAAAACAACUAAAUAUUUAGGUGGGAAGGAAGGUGAUGGGGGGUGUGUGUGGUUGUUGUGGUCGCCGCUGGGUGGAGUCGGUCGGUCGGAGUCGGUCAGAAACCCCCCCCCCCCGGUCGAAGAGGAUCGGUGGGUCGGGAAUCGGAAUCUCUCUCUCUCUCUCUCUUUUUAUCUGUGGUUUAGUCCCAUUGCAGCUGAACCUGCUUCAGCUUCUCAAUCAAUCAAGCGACUCGUUCAUUUCCGUGUUUUUGUUUGAAAUCAGUUCCCACCGAUUGUUGCGAGGGAAGAGGCGUGGCCUAACCAAAGGUAAUCGACGGGGACGGCGCAUUUUUCCUGUUGUGUUUGUAGUGUAUGCACUACUAGUUUUCUUCGUUUGUCACCAUGUGAUUGUAUUUGUUGCGUAGCAUAGCGGG